AUGGAGCCUGAUUCGGGUUUGGAUGUGAAGAAGGAGAGGGUUUUCAGGGCAGAGAUCGAUACUUCAGCUCCUUUUGAAUCGGUGAGGGAGGCAGUGAGUCGAUUCGGUGGAAUCGGUUACUGGAAACCCUCUCAGACUAAGCCUUCCGGGCCUGAGCAUGACAUGGAAGAGGUUGGCACUGCGAAACUGGAGGAGCAGGCUUUACAGUUGGAGAAGGAUCUCACUUUGAAAGAAAAGGAAACUCUGGAUGUUCUAAUAGAACUUGAACAAACUAAAAAGGUUAUUGAUGAGUUAAAAAAGAAGCUACAGAAAGAAGCAUCUGAAGUGAAUAUGGCCCUUGAGACAAAUAGAGGUAAGGAAUACAUGACUCCAGUGGAAAAUGAAGACGAUAAGGAAAACCAUGGGAAUGAGGGUGGUCGCUGUAAUUCAAUGGAAGGUGUGACUCCAUGCUCUUCUUCAGCUCCAGGUUUAAUCUUAAUGGAAUUGAAACAGGCUAAGUUGAACCUUACCAGGACUACCACUGAUCUUGCUGACAUUCGAGCUUCUGUUGAAUCAUUCAACAAGAAAUUAGAGAAAGAAAGAAUAAUGCUUGAGAAAACCCGUGUGAGGUUAACAUCAAAUUCUUUGAAAGUAUUAUCUCUUGAAGAAGAGCUAAAGAAAACAAAACUAAAGCUGCAGUUGGCAAAGGAUGCUGAAACUAAAGGUGGUCCUGAUAAUUCUUUAGAUAUUUCAAAGGAGCUUCACCGAUUGAGUUCUGAGACAGAGCAGUUCAAAAUAAUGGCAGAAGCUGCAAAGUCAGAGGUCGUGAGAGCAACAUCUGAGAUUGAACAGACAAGAACUAAGAUAAAAACAGCUGAAAUCAGGUUGGUUGCUGCCAGAAAAAUGAAAGAGGCAGCAAGAGCGGUAGAAGCUGUUGCUCUUGCAGAGAUUAAGGCUCUAUCAUACCACGAGAGUUCAUCUGGAGAUUCAUUGCAGAAGCAUGACAGAGUGACUCUUUCAUUUGAGGAAUACUCAUCUCUAACCCGCAAAGUUCAAGAUGCAGAGGAACUUUCUAAGAACAGGGUAACAGAUGCCAUGCUUCAUCUUGAUGAAGCAAACAUAUCAAAAACAGAAAUCCUGAAAAAGGUAGAGGAAGCAACUGAAGAAGUCAAAACCACUAAAAAGGCAUUGGAAGAAGCUCUGAACAGAGUGGAGACUGCAAAUAAGGGGAAACUAGCAGUUGAAGAAGCUCUUCGCAAAUGGAGAUCCCAGCAUGGUCAUAAAAGACGUUCGGUACACAACUCUACCAAGUUCAAAAAUCCACACCCAUCCAAUCAUGGGAGAGAUCUGCAAUUACGUGACGUAAAUGGUCUGAAUCUUGUUACUGAUGGGCCAAUACCCGUUCUGAAGCCAACCUUAUCAAUAGGACAGAUACUAAGCAGGAAGCUGCUUUUGCCAGAAGAGGUUGAAAUGGAGGUGGCCGGGAAAAGCCCUGUAAGGCAAAAGAUGUCACUGGGGCAAAUGCUCCAGAAACAAAAUGGCGAUCAACCCUUUUCUAGGAGGUCUGAGAGGGAAAGCAAUGUCAGGAAUUCUUCUGCUAAGAGAAAGAAGUCUGGAUUUGCUCGAUUCUCACUACUUUUGACAAAGCAAAGCAGGAAAAAGAAGAAGCCAACCCCAAACUUGAAGUGA